AUGGAAUAUAUUGUUGGAAAUGUAGACUUUUUUGGGAGGAAUUUUAAUGUUGAUUCAAGAGUUUUAAUUCCAAGAGUUGAUUCAGAAGUAUUAAUUGAAACAACACUCAAUCAAAUUGUUCCACUCAUUUUGAAAAGAAACGGUGUGACAAAUUUGUCUCAACUUGAUAGACCUUUGAGAAUUAUGGAAAUUGGAGUUGGGAGUGGUUGUCUCUUGAUUACUCUCUUAUUGGAAUUGGAAAAAAUUGGCCUUCAAAAAGUGAGGGCAUUUGGUAUUGAUAAGAGUGAGGGAGCUUUAAAAGUUGCCACGUUAAAUGCACAAAAUCUCAUUCCAAAAUAUAUGGAAUUGGCAGGAAAAGAUUUGAAAGAAUUAGAGUUUAUCCAGCACGACAUUUUCAAAGAUGAUGAUUGGAUUCAUAAGGAUUUGGAGAUGGAUCUCAUCAUUAGUAAUCCUCCAUACAUUCCAACCAAUGUUGUGCAAAAUGAACUUGAUAAGGAUGUCUCAACACACGAACCACACAUGGCACUCGAUGGAGGAUUGGAUGGAUUUGAUUUUUACAAUUACCUACUUGUGGAUAAUGUACUCUCUAGCAAGUAUAAUCUGAAUGGUCAUUGCGUAAUGGAGGUUGGCUAUGACCAAGCUAAUUCAUUGAGAGAAAGAAUUAUCAAUAGCAGAUCAAGUCUUCAAUUCUUAGGAACAGCUAAAGAUUUGUCUGGAUAUGAAAGAGUGGUUAUGGUAGAAACAAAGAUUUAA